AUGAAUUUGUUAUUGGGACUUACUCUCUGGGUCACCCUGGUUGCAGCCUGGGUUGACAACCAAGGCACGACAUGCACUCUGUACCCUGAAUCCCUUGUCCACCAUGGCCAGGCUGUCGAUGACUCGCCAUCUAUCCAGCAAGCAUUUGAGAUGUGUGGCACUAACGGUACGGUCAUCUUCUCAAAGAACGUGUUCCAUGUCAACACCGUUCUCAACACCACCAACUUAUUGAACUGCGAUGUUCAUCUCCGCGGAGAAUUGCGCUUCUCUACCAACAUCCCCUACUGGAGAACCCAUGCCAUCAGUGUCGUUCUGCAAGAUCAAGUCACUGCCUGGCUAUUCGGAGGUACCAACGUGAACUUCUAUGGCGAAGGUGGUUUCUACAACGGCGGAGGCCAAGCCUGGUACAAUGCAAACAGGAACGAAUCGAACCAGCCCGGACGCCCGAUGAGUAUGACAUUUUAUAACUCAACCAACCUAUUUGUUGAUGGGCUGAAGAUCAUCCAACCUCAAUUUUGGGCCACAUUUGUCUGGGCCAGUAAGAAUGUAUCCAUGACCAAUCUGUUCGUGAACGCCACCAGUGACAGCGAGUGGUAUACGAUGAAUUGCGAUGGUUACGAUUCCUGGCAGAGUGACAAUCUCCUUGUGGAGAAUGCUACAAUUAUCACUGGCGAUGAUUGUAUUGCUGCUAAGGGCAACACCACAAACCUGCACGCUAAGAACAUUUACUGUGAAGGGGGUACCGGAAUCACAAUUGGAUCCAUUGGCCAGUACCCCGAGACCCCCGACUACAACCUCAACACCACAUUCGAAAAUGUUCACAUCAAGAACGCAAUGGAUGGAGCCUAUAUCAAAACUUGGCAAGGAACUCGCAUUUACACCCCUAGCAAUGGUGACUGGGGUGGCGGUGGUACUGGCUUGGUCAAGAACAUCACCUUCCGCAACUUCACGAUGGAGAAUGUGGGACUGCCCAUUCAGAUGUCGCAGUGCGUUUACUCAGCCGAUUCCAACAAAGGCUGCAACACAUCGAAGCUCCAGAUUGAAGACGUCAAGUGGCAAGAUAUUCGCGGAACAUCGCGAUUCAACAUUGCUGCGUCUCUCUACUGUUCUGAUGAGCGUCCCUGCCCCAACAUCACUUUCGACAACGUGAACAUCACAGGCGUCAACGCCUCGCUUGGUCUUCCGUACUAUGGCACUGAUAUUCAGCGUGAACUGUUCCAGUGCACAAAUCUCGUCAACAAGAAGGGCUCCGGCAUUCCCUGCAACCAGGCAGCCCCGAGCAAUUUUAGCCAGUGGAUCUAUGGAAACGUCGAUAGCUCCGGUUUGGCGACUCUGUCCUGA